AGGCUGCGCGCCCUCCGCGCUGUCGGCUGCGGGUGCGAGUCCCAGCCGUGCUCCGCACCUAGUCUCCGGCGCCACCACACGCCCUUGGCCUUCGCCCUGGCCUGCCGCCCUCCCCGGGGCCGGGCGCCCCUCUCGAGGAGAGAAUCGCCGGCAGCUGGGAAGGGGCCCCCACAAACUUGAUCGUCAGCUUAGCGUCGACCUCCGGCAGGGCGCGCGGGGCAGGCGGAGGAGAGGUCGCUGCCCGCACUUCCUGCCACCGCCGCGCCAACUGAGUCGGCAGGAAAAGUUUUCUCGACGAGGGCAGGCGUGUCCUCCUCACCCAGGGGAGGCGCGGGUUCGGCAGUUCCCGGGCCGGGGCCGCGCAGCUAGGUCACAGAAGCGGAGGAGAAAGGAACAGGGUCGUGAAGAGCCUAGCCCUACAACUUCUAGCCGGGACGGUCGGGCCCGCCCCCGCGGCACCGCCCCCGCCUCCCCCAACUGAGCCCCUUCCUGACGCCGCCGCCGCCGCCGCCGCUGCCGCCGCUGGGCCGGUGUGCACCCUGGACUUCGGGGCGCACGGAUUGAUGAGUUUCCUCAGGGCUAGCGUCCGCUUGCCGGCCUCUCCCGCCCCCAGCCGUCUCUACCUUCCCCCUCCCGAACCCAGGCUGCGCAGGGAGGUGCAGGGGGCGGGCGGUGGCAACGCGGGGAGAAGGAAAAGGAGAGCAGGGAGAAAAGGACCGUCCCCAGAGAGAAGCCCGCUCCAGCUGCAGCCGCGAGCCCCCUCCCUCUUUCCCGCCCCACAAACGCGGAGAUGGCGGCGGCAGCGGCGAAAGGAAGCGCCGGUUCUCCAGCGCCACUUGGCGCUCCAGCACCGCCUGCUACGAGCAGGAGGAGACAGCGGCGGCGCGGCGGCCGCUGGGUCAAUAAGCGCCGACAGCCCCUGAGCCGAGCGGGCGGCUGGCCCCGCCCCCUCCCGACGCUCCGAGUUGAGGGGGCGGGCCCCCCGGCGCCCAAUCGCAGCGCGUCACCGGCCGGACCCGCCCCGCGCCUGCCUCCCAGUGUCCCGGCGGUAGGAAGACCUUACAAAGCUCUUGUGACCUGGCAGGCAGCUUUCUGGGAGUUGAGGCCUUUGGAGGCAUUCAGGCGCCAGCACCCCACGUCCAACAGGGGUUGAACUUACACUCCACUUCCCUUUGUUGCCCAGGUUUCCUAUCCUAGGACACUCGGGCCUGGCGUGCCUGGAAGAGUACUUAGUGAAGGGUUGGAGGAAAUGCAAGAGAAGAGGGCUUGCACAUUCUCUUCGGGCUAUUUCCUCCUUUGGUCACAGCCCGUUGAAACCUGGGGGAAAGGAGACUGACAAAGGGCCGUCCAGGCACAUGUAGAAACAUCUGACUGCCAAAUCCAUGAGUGUAAUCUGAGAAGUGAUGCUUGUGCCAGUUAUUGAUUGCCUCUCAGCUCCAAAUUCACCCUUUUUGACUGCACUGUAAAAAUGGAUCUGAGCCUUUUAAACAGUUUUUCGUUUGCCUUCUGGGACUGAAGCUUUGUCAGUAGAGGGCGCUGAAGAGACAUUACAGAAAAAAAGGAUUUUGCUUCCUGGUUUCUGUGUAUUGAUAGGCUUUUGCAGCAUAUCUGGCUUUCUCCAGUGCCAAGAUGCUAUAGUGCUCAGUAACUAGCAAUUUCCUCUCCCAUGCCCAACUCCAGGAGCUUUGUAGAGGAGGUGAGACACUACCCCAUGAAUAACUUCCCUGGUACCCUAGAGGCAUUUGCAGCAAGUUACAGAGGGCACAUCUUCCACAAGCUUUGCAGGCGUAGCCCAUUGGUGACUUCUCUGCCAUUCAGUGAGCCACGUCAUGCCCUCUCCAAAAAGGUCUAGAUCUUAGCCCUGGGAGGAAUUGGGGAGAUUCUUCAUUGGGCACUCUGUCUCUCAGUUCAAGAGUUAGUUAUAAGGUUAGCUCCUUAUAGCUGCUGUUGCUAUAUUCUUUAAAGUUCUCUUUUCACUAGUGAAUCCUUCAUUACUCUUAAUUCUCUAUUAUAGUUAAUAAUUCUUUUUAUUAAGCCUUCCCUGUCCCGGGAGUAGUCCCAAGAAAUAGACCUGCAAAGAUGGGAUUAAAGGUCAGUUUGAUUGAGGUUUUGAGCUUGAGCUCCUUGCCAAAGGGAAAUGUAAUUCAUGACAUGCUGGGCAUCUCAAUUAAGCAAUUACCUGUGGUUGAUCCUGAUGAAGUGCCAACUGAAGCCUGUGCCUUGGGGGCCCAAGUGGCUGCUACACUUGACUGCUAUGGUUAUAAAGGUGACUAGAAAGACUGGUGUGGGAUGGAUUCUUUUGAGUGGUUAGUUAUAAAGAGAAAUGAAAGCACAGGUUUUUUAACUCUCAGAGUUAUGGUAUGAGAACCAGAGAUAUUCUGUAGAAUUCUAAAAGCUCUGGUUUAUUGUAGCAACAAGAAUGAUGCUGAGAAACAAAAUUUUAAUUUUCAUGUUACUAAAUUGUAACUGCUAUUAAAUUCAUACACAUUCUGAGUUUUUCGUGUAAAAGGGUGUUAUUUUUUAAUAAUAGAAUCUCAAUACUUGAAAUGGGUUGGACCCAGAUGAAACCGACAAUCUUAAACACUCCAACUCUUUCUCUUAUCAGUGGAAGUAGGUUGCCCUCCAGUGUCUAAAGAGACUAGACUUGCUUGAAAACGUUGACUAUAGAGGAUGCCACUAUCUAGAUGGGCUCCCUGGUUUCAAUGGGGAUGACACAAUCUCGGAAUAGCAGAGGCCAGGCAGCACAUAACCAACAAAGACAAGGUGGGCACAUCUACCUUAAAGGGCAGCAGGAAAUCAGACUGCCUUGGCUUACAAAGCUGCUCUGGGAACAAAAUAGGUAGGCAGUUGAAAUAGAUUAUUGCUUGAUAUUUAUAACAGUUGUAAAGAUCUAGGUCAGGUAGCCAAAACCUGACUUGAGUCACCACAGUGGGUAGUCACAAUCUCCCAGUUCUCAGACCUAAGUCAAUUCACAGACCCUUAGUCCCUUGGUUGAAAGAGAAUCUGUGUUCCCUUUAAGAAGGAUCUUGCACCUUGGCCACAGUACACAUGGAAAAUUCUUUCAAGCUUUCCCCAAAAUGACAUGUGGCCAUUUACUAGUGACUCUGCAUUGGCGAAAAGGAAAUACACAGAUCAUUUUAGGUUUACUAAACACUGGCUCUGAGUUGAUGCUAAUUCCUGGGGACAGAAAUCACCACUGUUAGUCCACAUACCAACUAUGUGUCUACUUUCCCAGUGUAAUUGGAAUAUGUAUUAAUGACAUAAUUUUAAUGCAAAAACAGCAAUUAUUUUGGCACCAACCUAAUAAUUGUAAUAGACAUACUUAGCAACUGACAGGAAGCCCACAUUGGGAUUUAGCCAUAGAAAGAGAACCAUUAUUAGGGAGAGCUAAAUGGAAGCUCCAGGAGCUCUUGGAGCUUCCAUUUAGUUCACCAGAUGCAACACUGCAUGGCUGGGAGGAAUUGCAGGAAUCAGUGCUACCAUAAAAGUCUUAAAAGGAGUAGGGGUGGUGAUACUUAUUCUCAUUUAAUUCACCAGUGCAGAAUAAAUCUAGUAGAAUAACUGUGGACUCAUAAACCUAAUCAAGAAGUGAUUCCAAUUGCUGCUGCUGUCUCAAAUGUAUUAUUUUUACUGGAACAAAUCAACAUAAGACUUGGCACUUGGUAUAUAGCUACUGAUGUGGCUAAUGCUGUUUUCUCUAUACCUAUUUGUAAAAUCACCAGAAGUAGUUGGCUUUCUCCUGUCAGGGCCAACAGGAUACCUUCACAGUAUUGUCUUGGGGGUGUAUCAAUUCACUUUAAUAUAGUCCACAGAGAUGUUGAUUGUCUUGACAUGCUAUAAAAUAUCACACUAGUCCACUGCAUUGACAACAUUAUGCUGAUUGGACCUGAUAAGCAGGAAUUAGCAAGUAUUUUAGGUGCCUUAAUAAUAUAUAUUUAAACUAGAGAGAAGGAGAUAAUGAUCUUGAGUAUGAUAUGACAACUCUAAAGUGGUCACUUCAGAUGUGGGAUAUGUUCAAGGAUGGUACAAGCUAUAUGAGUACAAAACCACGGAGUCACUGAGAGAUGAAUCCAAACAGAUGGUGUUGGUUAGCAAUGGUUAGGAUUUGGGGAAAAGGGGCAAAGUAAUUGUUGCAGGGACUGGUCAUACCAAUCAUGUGGCCAUGGAAGGAAAGUGGUAUAGGCUGAAUGUUUCUCUUUAAAAUACAC